AGUGUGUUAAUUCAGUCACACACAGAUGUCCCGGCUUUGCAUUCCGAUAACAAUGGGAUUCACACUGAACGCGUGCAGAUAUCAGAGUCGCUGAGGCAUAACCGGCGGGGCAUGUUAGUGUAUACGUAAUACUGGGGGUAUUGCCCAGAAGUAUGAUCUGAACGGAGAUAGAAGUCAGGCCUUGGUAGUAUUACGUCUACCAUAUAUCCGCAGUUUCAGCAAGUACAAUCUCAGACUUCAUUUCAGCCAUGGACAGAGUACUACACAGUUCAAAGACUCUCACUUUUGUAGUAAUGACCAUGGUGUACUUUGCUGUCUGCAAGCCUUUCGUCCAGUACCCACCACAUACACUUGAGGCAGGCCUGCUGAAGAUGUUACCGAUCUGGUCAUUGGCUGUUUACGUACUUCCUCCAAACAAGGCCUUCUCAGACCUUUCUGUUGGUCAACAACGGAUUGUGUUUGGACUGCUGAUAUCCAGCUUGGGUGACCUAUGCUUAAUUUGGCGGGAAACUUUAUUUAUUCCUGGGCUGCUGUGGUUCUCUGUGGCCCAUGUGUGUUAUCUUUGUGCCUUCUGGUCUCAGGCCUCACAGCCUGUGAAGGGCGCUCAGUCCCACAGUCUUCCAAUGUACAUUGUGGCAGCGGUGGGUACGAGCGCGUACAUAUUACAAACCGUCCCUGGGAUUAUAAUGCCAUAUCUAGUCAUCUUCUACAGCGUAUUGCUGUUUGCUGUGUCAUGGAGAGCAACUGUGUGCUUUGAAUACUACCGAUCCGGCAAAAGCCUAGCUGGUUGCUUAGGGACCGUCUCAUUUCUGAUAUCAGACAGUAUUAUCGGCAUAGACAAGUGGGUUACGCCAAUUCCCUAUGCUGAAGGCCUGAUUAUGUCUACUUACUACCUAGCUCAGUAUGGAAUUGCAGUGAGCGCCACGUGAGAGACAUAUAUGAGUCAUGGUGUCCACGUAUCAUUGUCAGACCUCUUGGAAUGACACUUUCAUAAAGCUUUGAAAUCAAGCCACGAACACGAUGGAAACGUCUGAGAUGCGCCAUGACAUAUUAAAGCUGUUUUAAUUUUCUUCAUUGCUCUAAAGCUUCGGAUAGGAAGUCUGCUGUCGAGGUAUAUCUUCCUGGAAGAUUUGAUAACCCAAGCAAAUUUCGUAUUAUGUGCAGCCCUGUUAUUUGACAACAUUUUUAGAUGUGUUAGCGAAUAACGCCAAUAAUUAAUUAUGGACAUACCCAAUGAAUUCUUGU